AUGUCCGACAGCCCAGAAAUGCGGCCCGCGUCACCGACCGAUGUCGUCUCCGACCACGAGUCCCAGACAGACCUGCCCGAGGAACCAGUGAAGGCCCCGACUCCUGGCGGCGACGAGGGCCACAACGAGGAAGCACCUGAAGAGGGAGCAGCAUCAGCAACGCCAGCGGCAGAGUCGGUAGCCGAAACCCAUGAAGACGACCCGGCCGACAAAGAAGACGCGGGGGUUGAUUCUGACGAGGAGUCUAUUCUUUCUGAAGUGGAUGAGGCGCAGUUCGAAGACUUUGAUCCUGAAAAUGUCGACAUUGAAGAUCGUCCACAGCUUGCGAUCGACGAGGAUAACCUCAAAUUGAUCGGUCGGCACAAGCGCAGGCGGACGGGGGAAGAUGAUCAGCAGGUGAAGCGGAAGAGGGAAGGGCGCAGAGAGAAGAAGAACCGUCGGAGGGAUAUGGAAGAAGGUGCGGACGAGGGCGAAGAUAAGUCCCGUCGCAGAGAUCGAAAGAAGAGAGACGCCACUCCUGAAGAUGAGGAGUUGCUGGACCCUGCUACACGUCGUCGUCGAGCUCUCGAUCGUGCUAUGGAUGAAGCUUUGAAGAAACCCACAAAGAGACGCUUCCGCAAGGCAGAUGGCAUUGAUCUGGAGCAAAUGGCCGAUGCUGAAAUCGAGGGCAUGCGCAAGCGAAUGACACAUGCUGCCCAGAUGGACGCCAACAAUCGACGCGAAGGCCGUCCCGCCAUGCACAAGCUGAAGAUGUUGCCGGAGGUGGUCUCGCUCCUUAACCGUAACCAAUACGUCAACAGUCUUGUCGAUCCUGAAAUCAAUCUUCUUGAAGCCGUCAAAUUCUUCCUUGAACCUCUCGACGACGGAUCGCUGCCGGCCUACAACAUCCAACGCGACUUGAUGACUGCAUUGGGCAAACUCCCCAUCAAUAAGGAGACAUUGAUCGCUAGUGGAAUUGGCAAAGUGAUUGUGUUUUAUACCAAGAGCAAGCGUCCCGAGCCUGGCAUCAAACGUAUGGCUGAGCGGCUGCUUGCGGAAUGGACCCGUCCCAUCUUACAGCGCAGCGACGACUACUCGAAGAGGGUCUACCAGGAGGCUGAAUAUGAUCCCAGGAAACUCACCACACGCACAUCUGCUCAGGCGAGCGUGGCAGAAGCUCGUUCUCGAGAACUCCUUCCUCCCCGGCUGGCGAACCGUGCUCGUGCCGAGAUUACCCAUACCAGUUACACUAUUGUUCCCCGCCCGACUGUGGUGCAGGAGAGCAAGUUUGCACGUCCAUUAGGAGCCAGCGGAGAGGAUCGAUUCCGGAGAAUGCGGGCCCGACAGAUCGCUGCGUCGAAGGGGUCGCGACGCUAA